UUCUGGACAUCUGUGCAGCCCACCCUGCUCUCCUCUUUCUAUCACUCUCACUUUCUCCUCCAGUCAAAGGAAGAACAGAAAAUAAGAAGGCAAGCUGUUUCCUCUCCAUCGCUCUAUUCAUCACCCCUUAUCUAUUCCUCUGCCUUUCCUCACCUCUGUCCCUUCACCCUUCUCUGUCCCCAUCUCUCUCUCCUUCUAAAGAGCUGUCUGGUUCUUACCCAACAUGCAUGCUUUUCUCUGUCUGUCCCCGUCUGCAGGAAGCUGUUGGAGGUGAAGGUCAUUGAUGAUGAGGAGUAUGAGAAGAACAAGACCUUCAUCAUCAAGCUGGGGGAGCCUGUGCUGCUGGAGAUCGGACGGAAACACGGUCAGUGCAGACUCAGAGCCGUACGGGUGCAAAGGAGCAGCCCCAUGUUAUCUCUGUCAGUCUCAAAUGUUCUGUUUCACACAAUCAGUUAUUGGAAAAACACAACGGCUGUAUAUAAUGGAUAGAAUGGUAGUUGUGGAAGUGCUAUAGGUUUUAUUUGACCCUGGCAGUUCCAUGUUGUAAGUGAUAAGGUUGUGGCGCAUAGAAUCACAACACAUGACAUCCUUAACCAGUAAUAGAUUUUAUUCCAAAUAUAGUUAUGUUACUUUCUUUCUUUCUUUCAAACAUUUUAUUUGACAUUUUCUAUAUAGAUAAAACCACAAUAACACACAAACAAAUAUAUACACAAACUAAUUUAAUGUUCUCAGUGCCUUUUUCCUGCAACGUGAUACCCAUGAGAAAAAACAUUUCAGUUUCCCCCCUCACAGAACUCUAUGUAUGAUUCAUUGGUAUACAGUGAGGGAAAAAAGUAUUCGAUCCCCUGCUGAUUUUGUAAGUUUGCCCACUGACAAAGACAUGAUCAGUCUAUAUUUUUAAUGGUAGGUUUAUUUGAACAGUGAGAGACAGAAUAACAACAACAAAAUCCAGAAAAACGCAUGUCAAAAAUUUUAUAAAUUGAUUUGCAUUUUAUUGAGGGAAAUAAGUAUUUGACCCCUCUGUAAAACAUUACUUAGUACUUGGUGGCAAAACCCUUGUUGGCAAUCACAGAGGUCAGACGUUUCUUGCAGUUGACCACCAGGUUUGCACACAUCUCAGAAGGGAUUUUGUCCCACUCCUCUUUGCAGAUCUUCUCCAAGUCAUUAAGGUUUCGAGCCUGACGUUUGGCAACUCGAACCUUCAGCUCCCUCCACAGAUUUUCUAUGGGAUUAAGGUCUGGAGACUGGCUAGGCCACUCCAGGACCUUAAUGUGCUUCUUCUUGAGCAACUCCUUUGUUGCCUUGGCCGUGUGUUUUGGGUCAUUGUCAUGCUGAAAUACCCAUCCACGACCCAUUUUCAAUGCCCUGUCUGAGGGAAGGAGUUUCUCACCCAAGAUUUGACGGUACAUGGCGCCAUCCAUCGUCCCUUUGAUGUGGUGAAGUUGUCCUGUCCCCUUAGCAGAAAAACACCCCCAAAGCAUAAUGUUUCCACCUCCAUGUUUGACAGUGGGGAUGGUGUUCUUGGGGUCAUAGGCAGCAUUCCUCCUCCUCCAAACACGGCGAGUUGAGUUGAUGCCAAAGAGCUCGAUUUUGGUCUCAUCUGACCACAACACUUUCACCCAGUUCUCCUCUGAAUCAUUCAGAUGUUCAUUGGCAAACUUCAGACAGGCCUGUAUAUGUGCUUUCUUGAGCAGGGGGACCUUGCGGGCGCUGCAGGAUUUCAGUCCUUCACGGCGUAGUGUGAAACCAAUUGUUUUCUUGAUGACUAUGGUCCCAGCUGCCUUGAGAUCAUUGACAAGAUCCUCCCGUGUAGUUCUGGGCUGAUUCCUCACCGUUCUCAUGAUCAUUGCAACUCCACGAGGUGAGAUCUUGCAUGGAGCCCCAGGCCGAGGGAGAUUGACAGUUAUUUUGUGUUUCUUCCAUUUGCGAAUAAUCGCACCAACUGUUGUCACCUUCUCACCAAGCUGCUUGGCGAUGGUCUUGUAGCCCAUUCCAGCCUUGUGUAGGUCUACAAUCUUGUCCCUGACAUCCUUGGAGAGCUCUUUGGUCUUGGCCAUGGUGGAGAGUUUGGAAUCUGAUUGAUUGAUUGCUUCUGUGGACAGGUGUCUUUUAUACAGGUAACAAGCUGAGAUUAGGAGCACUCCCUUUAAGAGUGUGCUCUUAAUCUCAGCUCGUUACCUGUAUAAAAGACACCUGGGAGCCAGAAAUCUUUCUGAUUGAGAGGGGGUCAAAUAUUUCCCUCAUUAAAAUGCAAAUCAAUUCAUAACAUUUUUGACAUGCGUUUUUCUGGAUUUUGUUUGUUGUUAUUCUGUCUCUCACUGUUCAAAUAAACCUACCAUUAAAAUUAUAGACUGAUAAUUUCUUUUUCAGUGGGCAAACGUACAAAAUCAGCAGGGGAUCAAAUACUUUUUUCCCUCACUGUACUAUUUAUGCUCAGAUCAUUCAUUUGAUAAGUAAAUUACAUUGCAUUUUUGUAUACCGGUACAUGUUAUAUAGCAGGAGGUAAGGAUAGGUUGACAUUGAAUUGUUCCUUUGCUUCACAGGAGACUCCAAUGACAACAAGCCAGCAGGAACUGAUGAGGAGGAGGUGUCCAAGAUGGGCUGUCCCAGCCUGGGAGAACACACCAAGCUGGAGGUGGUGAUCGAGGAGUCCUACGAGUUCAAGGUAACCUACAAAACCCUCUCUUACGCACAAAUCCCCACCCCCCCGCAAAAUCAUAUUUAUUAAAAGCAUGUCCGCUGGUUAGAGAGAUCAGCCUUUGCCCUCUGUUAAAUAUUACUAAACAAACAAAUGUAGUAAAAAAAAAUGGGGCAAGAUGACAUUGCACACAGCAUAAACAUCAGACCAACCCUGACCUCAUCCACCCCAUACAAUACUUCUCUAUCCAUUCUAUGUAUUGAUAAUUCUAUUUUAUGAUAGCUGAAAUCUGAUUGUCAUUAUUUUCUUGCAUUUUUGCUUGUCCAUGUGUGUGUCCGUGUGUAUGUUUGUGUGUAUGUUUGUGUGUAUGUCUGUGUGUAUGUUUGUGUGUGUAGAACACAGUGGAUAAGCUGAUUAAGAAGACUAACCUUGCUCUGGUGGUGGGCAGCAGUAGCUGGAGAGAGCAGUUUGUCAAUGCUGUCACUGUCAGUGCAGGUGAGUGCCUCUCUCUCCUUCACUCCUAAAUCUCAGGGGCAGACUCAUUAACGCUGCAUGGUCUUGCAUUAACAGAGAGUCAGAGGUGUGUUGUUCAGGGCAGAGAAAUCACACUGGGAGCAGUAAUGAAGUAACAGACAUGCAAGUUGCUGUUCAAGUUGAAGCAACAAAAGGGUCAUGAAUUUUGAAACUGUGUAAACACCUCUCUCUUUCUCUCUCCCAGGUGAUGAUGAUGAGGAGGAGAGUGGGGAGGAGCGCCUGCCAUCCUGUUUCGACUACAUCAUGCACUUCCUCACAGUGUUCUGGAAGGUUCUGUUCGCCUUUGUCCCGCCCACAGAGUACUGGAACGGCUGGGCCUGCUUCUUUGUGUCCAUCUCCCUGAUUGGUGUUCUGACGGCUGUGACCGGGGACCUGGCCUCUCAUUUUGGCUGCACAGUGGGGCUCAAGGAUUCUGUCACUGCCGUAGUAUUUGUGGCCCUGGGGACUUCCGUUCCAGGUGGGUGCCUGUCUAUCUCUGUGUAGCCUCUCUCUGUCUGUCAGUCUUUCUCUGGGCUGUAUCUGUCUCUGUUGUCCGAUUUUAAACCUUGCCAGAAUCAGUAACUGUUUUCUAACCAGCUAUUUCUGCUUCCUGCAUGUUCUCCCAGACACCUUUGCCAGUAAAGUGGCAGCCAUCCAGGACCAGUACGCUGACGCCUCCAUCGGCAACGUGACAGGCAGUAAUGCAGUGAAUGUGUUCCUGGGCAUCGGCGUGGCGUGGACCAUCGCGGCCGUCUACUGGAAGACCAAGGGCAAGAAGUUCCUUGUGGAGCCAGGCUCGCUGGCCUUCUCUGUCACCUUGUUCACCAUCAUGGCGUUCGUGUGUGUCCUGGUGCUGAUGUACCGCCGCCGGGCCGGCGUGGCAGGGGGCGAACUGGGG